AUAACAAAAAAAUACAGCACAUCGCGUUGACGUGAAUAAAAUUAAAGCUUGUCUGUUCGUUUUUUAAAUUCUGUUUCGUGGACUAAGAUAGAGAGCUUUCGGCGUAUGCAGGCGAGUCUCGAUGUAAAGACUACAGCCGGGGGAAAAAAUGGCAAGCCAAGCUAACCUGUCUUUAGCCGGGCACAAACCUAGCUAGCUAAUUGGAUAUCUACCUGUCAACCUGCCAACUACUUUUCACGCUGCCCACCACGUGGUGAACAGAGCCAGAGACUCUAUAUUUUAUACAGUCGCUAGGAUCCGUUUCGCUACCUUAAAGCAUGGAUAAAGGCGCACGACUAUUUCAGCGCCAUGUGUCAGCUCCCCGGUCGCACCGUGCGCUGUGGGCAGAAACUGCUCUCCUCCCCCUUCUGUCAGAAAGAAGGGCUGGUCCGUAGUGACCGUCACCAUUCAGGUGGAAGACCCGCAUUCACUCUCGGCUCCAUAACAAAAGCGCCGGGGCUGGCGCAGAUGGAAAAAAAACAAGGCAACGUAGCCUACGUCUGCCAUAAUGAUUUCAUCUGAAAAGCGUAACAUUAUCUGUAAAACCAGCCGAAGUCGGCAAACGGGAGAAAGGGUCAGCGCACGUGGAAACUCGCGACGGUCUUAACAUUGCUAACAACCAAGACAAAGGACCUUCAGAUCCUGGCCGCGUCGCAAAAAGGGUCGAAUCGUAGAGGGUUUAUUUUCAAAUCAGUUGUUCGUUUUUAUUAGUUAGUAAAACUGUUAAGAUAGCUAACUGCAAAAGGACAAAAGGUCAACGCGGCUAUUGUGGAAGGGAAGCGUCUCAUCCGAACCAUCUGCUGCACGUUCGCCAAGAAGUGGGCCGAAGUGCUCAAAAUAAUUUGUCUACGAUAUUAUGUCGGUCAUCUAAUCUGAGACCUAUUUUUAACUUGAGCAUCGUCUUUUCCAAUCGUGGUUAAAAAAUUAAUGAUUGUUAAAGUUAUAUAAGCGACAAACUGCCACGGAGGAGUAUUUAAAAUAAUACGUAAAUGAUGGAUUCCAUGUGAUCACUGGAUGGGUUACUUUUACAUAAUUCGGAAGACGAAGAGAUCCGAAUCAGCUGCUGUUAACAAACACCUAUAACUAAGAAAGGCGGAGCCGGCAGCAGGCUGAUCCCAGAGCAGCUCCCGGUGGCGGCCGUGGCUCCAGAGCACCUCUCCUCGCCCCCCCGUGAUGGCUGACCCGGGGUCAGUUCGGGACGGACGGCGCGGGCCUGACGGUCCGGCUGCGGCUGCCCCUUUUCCGCGACGGCGCCUCUCUCUUUUGUAAGAGACCGCUCGCGCUCCCGGGCCCAGGAUGACUUGCCAGGAUUAAGCAGUACCAGCAGGGGGAGCCGUGUGUCUUACAAGGAUAACCGUUUAAAAUAAUACCAGCAGGGGGAGCUGUGUGCCUCACAAGGAUAACCGUUUUAGAUAAUACCAGCAGGGGGCGCUGUGGCAGACUCCAAACGUUUUAACUUCCUGUUUUUCUGGAGAGGCUGAGCGGGUCGUCGCGGCGGCGUCUGUCCUCCGGGCGCCCGCGGGCGGCUCGCCCGCGCUCUUUCCCAGAAUGACCGAGACCCCCGGCGGCAGGGACGCGGCGGCGGCGGCGGCGGCCCCGCCCCCGACUCCUCCCACCCCUCAGAGGAACUGCUCCGAUUCGCUGGUGUGCGAGAGGCUGGGCCUGGCCGCCGACCGGGACCCGAAGGCGGCGGAGCACCGGUUCAUCCGCCGCAGCGUGGUCAGCGACUCCAACGCCACCGCGCUCGAGCUGCCCAGCCGGGCGCGCCUGCGCCCGCGCGCCGCCGCCGACCCCGCCCCCCCGGCCGCCGCCGCCGCCGCCGUCGGCGAGGAGCGGAUCGCCGCGGCGCGGGACGAGCCCAAGGAGGGUCGGGAGCGGUGCUUCUCCGUCCCGCCCGGGUCGCUGACGGAGGCGGAGGCGGAGCCGGGGGCGGGGCCGGGGGCGGGGCCUGUGGAGGCGGAGCAGGCCGGAGGGCCGGAAAAGCAGGGGGGGGAGGAGGAGGAAGAGAAGGAGGCGGCCAAGGUGCGGGCGGAGAAGAAGGUCCAGGACGACAUCGAGGAGGCGGAGACCAAGGCCGUGGGCACCUCCCCCGAUGGGCGUUUCCUCAAAUUCGACAUCGAGAUUGGGCGGGGCGCCUUCAAGACCGUCUACAAGGGCCUGGACACGGAGACGACUGUCGAAGUGGCCUGGUGUGAGCUUCAGGACCGUAAGCUGAGCCGGUCGGAGAGGCAGCGCUUCAAGGAGGAGGCGGGCAUGCUGAAGGGGCUGCAGCACCCCAACAUCGUGCGCUUCUACGACUCCUGGGAGGGCCCGUCCCGGGGCAAGAAGUGCAUCGUCCUGGUGACCGAGCUCAUGACGUCCGGGACCCUCAAAACGUACCUGAAGCGCUUCAAGGUGAUGAAGAUCAAGGUUCUGCGCAGCUGGUGCCGGCAGAUCCUGAAGGGGCUGCACUUCCUGCACACGCGCGCCCCGCCCAUCAUCCACCGCGACCUCAAGUGCGACAACAUCUUCAUCACCGGCCCCACGGGCUCCGUCAAGAUCGGCGACCUGGGGCUCGCCACCCUCAAGAGCACGUCCUUCGCCAAGAGCGUCAUCGGUACCCCCGAGUUCAUGGCCCCGGAGAUGUACGAGGAGAAGUACGACGAGUCGGUGGACGUCUACGCCUUCGGCAUGUGCAUGCUGGAGAUGGCCACCUCCGAGUACCCCUACUCCGAGUGCCAGAACGCCGCGCAGAUCUACCGCCGGGUCACCAGCGGGGUGAAGCCCGCCAGCUUCGACAAGGUGGCCAUCCCCGAGGUGAAGGAAAUCAUAGAGGGCUGCAUCCGCCAGAACAAAGAGGAGAGGUACGCCAUUAAGGACCUGCUGAGCCACGCCUUCUUCCAGGAGGAGACGGGCGUGCGCGUGGAGCUGGCCGAGGAGGACGACGGCGAGAUGGUGGACAUCAAGCUGUGGCUGCGCAUGGAGGACGUCAAGAAGCUGAAGGGGAAGUACAAGGACAGCGAGGCCAUCGAGUUCUCCUUCCACCUGCAGCGGGACGUCCCCGAGGACGUGGCCCAGGAGAUGGUGGAUUCUGGGUACGUGUGCGAGGGGGACCACAAGACCGUGGCCAAGGCCAUAAAGGACCGCGUGUCCCUGAUCCGCCACAAGAGGGAGCAGCGGCAGCAGGUCCGCCUCGAGCAGGAGAAGAGGAGGCAGGAGGAGGAGGAGCAGCAGCGGGCUGCCCUCCCCGGACAGACGGAGCUUGGGGACCCUGAGGUGGAGCGGCAGAGGAGCAUGUCUCUGAGCUUGCACGGCGCGGUGGACAGCGGGCAGGGGAUGUCUGUUCUUUCCGAGAACGCCGGUCAGGCUCCACUUUCCAGCCAAAGCUCUUACUCUCCUAACACCUCCGAACACAUACAGGCCCCGCCUACUCAGCAGAGCCAGGCUCCGCCUUCUCAACAUAUCCAGGCCCCGCCUACUCAGCAGAGCCAGGCUCCGCCUUCUCAACACAGCCAAGCCCCGCCUACUCAGCAGAGCCAGGCUCCGCCUUCUCAACACAGCCAAGCCCCGCCUACUCAGCAGAGCCAGGCUCCGCCUUCUCAACACAGCCAAGCCCCGCCUACUCAGCAGAGCCAGGCCCCGCCUACUCAGCAGAGCCAGGCCCCGCCUACUCCACACAGCCCAGCCCCGCCUACUCAACACAGCCAAGCUCCAUCUCAACAGGCCUGUCCGAGCGUUACGCAGGCUGGGGAGCCCACGCCGUCCUCUGCCGCAGACAGCGCGUCCCAGCGUUCCGAGGCGGCGUCGUCUUUGAGUGACGGGACGGAGGGGGCGUCGGCCGUGGGGCAGCCCGUCAGGAGGCCGCGGUCCCGCUCCGUACGCAGUCGCUCUCUCUUCGAGAAGACCAAGGCCAAGCUCAACGUCCUGAACAUCUCCCACUUGGGCGACAGAGUCGCUGAAUGCCAGCUAGAGACACACAACUGGAAAAUGGUGACAUUUAAGUUUGACCUGGAUGGCGACAACCCAGAGGAGAUAGCACAGAUCAUGGUGGAGAGCGCCUUCAUCCUGGAGAGCGAGCGGGAGUCGUUCGUCGAGCAGGUGCGCGAGGUCAUCCUGAUGGCCAACAAGAGAGGGCUGAGGAGGGAGGGCGCGGCGGACGGCGGAGGUCAGGUGGGGAGCCGCGGUGAACAGGACACACCUGCGACCCCUGGCCCUCGUCAGACAGGUGUGGCGUGCGUGGCGGAGGACGUGGCCACCCAGGUGGUGCACUCCGCCGGCCGCCGCUUCCUCGUCAGCCCGGUGCCCGAGUCGCGCCUCAGGAGCCCCUGCUACGGCCUCGCCGCCAAAAUCGCAGCAGCCCCAAUGAUGUCAUCACACCUGUCUGACUCUGCUCCCUCCAUCAGUCUGCAGUUCAGUGAGGAGGCGAAGCCUGGCACCACGCCCCUUGGGGGUACCGUCUCCCCCCCUCCCUUACCACAGGCACAGGCCCCAGAGGAGCGCCCUCCUCCUCCUGCCUCUCACCCUCUCCCAGAGUCCUCCACUCCACCUUCUAAUGUGAUGGAGGGAGGAGCUCCUACAGCCGAGCCUUCCUCUGCCCCAUCUGAAGCUCCGCCUUUACUUCCUGACUGCCAGCCUGAUCCUGCCACGCCCCACAGUGUCACAGGCACAGCCUCGUCUGUGACUCCGCCCCCCGGCUCCAGCAGCGUGGGGGGCGGGACCGGCUCGGACUCCUCCCAGCCCCCGUCGUCAGUGGCCAACGCGUCUGCCACGGCGACGCAGGUACCCGCUCCCUCUCAGGGCGGGGAGGGGGAGGGUGACCAGCAAGGCAGAGUGCCAGGCAGGGAUGACAUUCAGUCCCUGGAGAAGAAGCUCCGCUCUCUGUUCAGCGAUUCGGGCCCCGCCCCGUCCGACACUGCCGGUGGCUCCGCCCCCGCCUCCUCAAACCGCACCCCCCCGCUCCCCACCGCUUUAUCUCUGAGCUCCUCCAGUGCAACCCCCUCCUCCACUCCGGAGCAGGCCACGCCCACUGGCCAACCGCCCACCGUGGCUACCCAAGCCCCGGCCUCUGUGACCACAGUGCCCUCCGCUGGACAGACAGAGCUGCCUGUGGCUGCGGAGGGAGAACUGGGAGCGCCCCCUGCUGGUGCGGUCAGACUGGGGCGGUUUCAGGUAUCCGUGGCAACGGAAGAGCCCCCAAGCCACGCCCAUCCCACAACCACUGACCUCGCCUCUUCCUCCCCGGACUCCUCCUCCCUGUGCAGCGACUCUUCCUCCUCCCGCACGCCCUCCUCUUCCUCCUCCACGGUCUCCAGCCCCGAGAACACGCUGCACGCCUGCUCGGCCCCGCCCCGGCCCCCCUCCCGCCUCUUCCUCCUCGCCGCCCCGACCCCCACCGUCGCCAACGGCGACGCCCGGGUGGGCCGCUUCUCCGUCAGCCGGGCCCGGGACUCCGCCCCCGGCCCCGCCCCCGGCGUGCCCGUCCCCGGCCGUUCCCCCGGCAACGUCAGCAGCGACUGCGACUCCGGGUGCGAGGACGAGGGCUUCCGGAGGCAGGUCGACCACCUGUGGGAAAAGCACUUGCGGGAGAUCCAGGCCCUGCACGCCCGGCAGAAGGAGGAGAUCGAAGCCCUGUUCGUCCGGCUGGGCAGGACCCCGCCCACUCUCUCCUCCUCUCCCCUGGGGUCCGUGGUCAGCCACAGGAGGAGGCCGCCGAAGAGCAAGGGCGGCAAGCUGAACCGCAGGAGCCCCCUGCAGGCGGACCCCGUUUCAGCACAGAGCCCCCACUCAGGGGGACCCCUGGACCUGCCCCACCCCUCUACAGAGGGCCUGUGUGCUACUGCAGCCAGCCUUCCAGCUACUGGGACUGUGUCGAGCUCUGCCAGCACAGCGAGCGACGCAGGCCAGAACCAGAACCUGAACCAGAACCAGACCCGCUCCAGAACGGGAACCUUUACCGACGACCUGCAUCUGCUGGUGGACAACUGGGCCCGGGACGCCAUCAGCCAAUCCCAGGGCAGGGGGCGGGGCUCCCGGCAGCCCUCGCACCCGCUGCCGAGCGCGCACGGCCACGCCCGCGACGUCUCCGCUUUGGCCAGCGGGGGGCACAAGUUCUCCGCCCCCGGGCAGCCGCCCUCAAGUAAGGGAGCCUCCCACGGUGGCCACGCCCCCUCCGCGUCGUUCGGGGCCCGGGGGGGGUCCCUGUGCCCCCCCGCGGCGCAGUACGGGUACCACUCCACCCCCUACGCCGCCCAGUGGACCGGACACGCCCACGCCCACGCCGGCCCGCCGGCCCCGCCCUCGAACGCCGGCCCCCUGCCGGGCCCCGGCGCCAACCCUCCGCACAAGCCCCCCGGCAACCAGGGACCCAACCUCCGGCCCACGUAGCAACAGACCCCGCCCCUCUCCACUGCCCGCGCUCCACAGGGGCUGGAUUCAGAAAGCACACACACACUUGACUAUUUACACAAUAAAACAUAUUUAUAUAUUAAAUAUAUUUUAUAGUUGUGACAACACUUAUGAAAAUGCCUGAAUGCAGAAAGAAUGUUCUGUACAGACGUGUAUUUACCCAUCAUUUUAUGAUGUGGAAAUUCUUGGUAAAUUAAUGUUGACGGACAUCAUUCGUUAAAUAAUGGAACUUGAUAAACGGAACUUGAUGUACUUAAAUAACUGUAAUUUCUAUGGUAAGCUCUAUUUCUUUAUUCCCGGAUGGACUGAAUACAGUUCUGUGUUUUUCUAUUUGUUUAUCUGUUUGAAUGUUAAAGUUUCACUUUUUUUUUUUUUAAACCUAAACCAGUCAGCAAAAUUAUUCAUCAAAAUCAACUUGUGCUUGUUGAUUUCAGGUUCAUCUUCCAUUUUUUUUCAUUGACCUCAAUUUGCAAGUCUAAUUUGCAAGUCUUUGAGUCCUGGAGACCCGCAGCAAAAUUUUAAAUAUAUGUUUAUAUUUUAAAUAAAUAUUGAACAAAUCCAUAUUAAAUAAAUGACAUUGUAGCCUUUCAGAUUAAAUAAACCUUUUCUGGGGUACACACA